GCUCUACAGCGGGUGCCCACCUGCUCAUCUUAUUUCACUCGCGCCCUGGAUGACCUUAAAAGCCUUUCGCUGCCCUUGCAUAUCCUGUCUUUGUCCCUGCUCCUCGGCUCAACUCGUCUUACCGUCCCUUCACCCAUUCGCUCGUCGUAUUCCUCCACUGCCACACUUCAUUUCCGUUCCUCGUUCCUACCUACCAUCUUGGUCAACCCAUCCCGGACAACGCCACCCUGGAGUCUGGAACGUCCUCCGCCUUCGUUCCUUAGCGGUAAACGCGUGGACCCUUUUCCCUUGGGAGGUGGAUCAUAUUAUCAAUCCAAGUCUAUACCAUUCAAGUAG